UUCCACCAAGCGCCAUGACUGAUGAUGAGCUGUCCGCCUUAGUAGUAGAUAAUGGAUCAGGGAUGUGUAAGGCAGGCUUUGGUGGAGAUGAUGCCCCACGGGCUGUGUUCCCCUCUAUGGUGGGGCGUCCACGACACCAGGGGGUCAUGGUAGGCAUGGGCCAGAAGGACUGCUACGUCGGGGAUGAGGCACAGAGCAAGAGAGGCAUCCUGACCCUGAAGUAUCCCAUUGAACAUGGAGUAGUCACCAACUGGGACGACAUGGAGAAAAUCUGGUACCACACUUUCUACAACGAGCUUCGGGUGGCACCUGAUGAGCAUCCCAUCCUCCUCACCGAGGCGCCCCUCAACCCCAAGAUCAACCGCGAAAAGAUGACUCAGAUUAUGUUUGAGGCUUUCAAUACACCAGCCAUGUAUGUGGCUAUCCAGGCUGUGCUGUCCCUCUAUGCCUCCGGACGAACCACAGGCAUAGUCAUGGAUUCUGGGGACGGGGUCACUCAUACUGUGCCCAUCUAUGAAGGCUAUGCCUUGUCCCAUGCCAUCCUGCGUCUGGAUCUGGCAGGCAGAGAUCUGACGGAUUACCUCAUGAAGAUCCUGACGGAGAGAGGCUAUAGCUUCACCACUACGGCUGAGCGAGAGAUUGUGCGGGAUGUCAAAGAGAAGCUGUGCUAUGUGGCCCUGGACUUUGAGCAGGAGAUGGUCAGCGCAGCUGCAUCCUCCUCGCUGGAAAGAAGCUAUGAGCUUCCAGAUGGGCAGGUGAUCACCAUCGGGAAUGAACGCUUCCGCUGUCCUGAGGCCAUUUUCCAGCCUUCCUUCCUGGGCCUCGAGUCCAGUGGCAUCCACGAGGCGACCUUUAAUUCGAUCAUGAAGUGUGAUGUGGAUAUUCGCAAGGAUUUGUAUGCCAACACUGUGCUGUCUGGAGGCAGCACUAUGUACCCAGGCAUUGCUGACCGGAUGCAGAAGGAAAUCUUAACCCUGACCCCAAGCACCAUGAAAGUGAAGAUCAUCGCUCCCCCAGAACGGAAGUAUUCCGUCUGGAUUGGGGGCUCCAUCCUGGCCAGCCUGUCUACAUUCCAGCAGAUGUGGAUCAGUAAGCAAGAAUAUGAUGAAGCUGGUCCUCCUAUUGUUCAUAGGAAAUGCUUCUAAACAGGCUUCCUGGUCAAAAUUUACAUUUUCCCCUUUUCCAGGUCAUAGUGAUGGUAUGACUUUUUUUUGUACUUCAGUUAAGGUAAAUGGUGUGCUCAUUCCAGUUUGUUAACCAGCCCAUUUCUCUAUCCAGGUAUUCUGGGCUCUGGCCCAGCUUAACCAUGUCUUGAUCACGAUCAACUGAAGGAAAUUCUGAU